UUUAUAAUAUGAAAAACAACAGUUAUCACUAAUCAGUAUGUGUUCAGUGUUGUUUUAAAAUUUUAACUUUUUGCCGAUAUUACAAAGUUGUGUGUCAAUAUGCCUAUGAAAAGCUACAUACCAUACUCUAGUGAAUCACAUUUUCCAAUAGAAAAUUUACCAUAUGGUGUAUUUUCAACUACUGACGAUUCAACACCGCGAAUAGGAGUUGCUAUUGGUGAUAAAAUUCUGGAUUUAAAAUMCUCCAAAAAUGUUUUUGAACAACCUCUACGUGAAGUAUUUCAACAACCAUCUCUUCAAAGUUUCAUGGCUUUAAAUAAAAACACAUGGUCCCAAGCUCGUAAGUCGAUUCAAUCUUAUUUAAGCAUUGAAAAUCAUGAGAAUUUGAAGAAUGGUGUAUUUCGGAAUCAAAAUGAAGUUAAAAUGCAUUUGCCUACUAUAAUAGGUGAUUAUACUGAUUUUUUUUCAUCAUAUUAUCAUGCUUACAAUUGCGGUCGCCUCUUUGCACCAGAUAAACCUAUAGCUGAUAAUUGGAAAAAUAUGCCAAUUGCUUAUCAUGGUCGAGCAUCAUCAAUUAGAAUAUCUGGUACACCAGUUGUUCGGCCAUGUGUGCAGUAUUUAAAAGAUGAUCAAGUGAAAUUUGGUCCCACAGAAAUGUUAGAUUAUGAACUAGAAGUUGCAUUUUUUGUGGGUGGUUCUUUAAAUUCUUUGAAUGAACCGAUACCAAUCAACAAAGCUUCAGAUCACAUAUUUGGUAUGGUUUUAUUGAAUGAUUGGAGUGCCAGAGACAUACAGCAAUGGGAAUCAUAUUUUCUUGGACCAUUUCUUUCAAAAAAUUUUAUCACUACCAUUUCACCCUGGAUAGUGACAAUGGAAGCUUUAGAAGAAUUCAAAACGAACAACUUUAAACAAGAACUGACUCCGUUGAAGUAUUUACUGCAUGACUUUAAAUACAAUUUUGACAUCAAAUUAAACGCAAGUGUCCGUGGUCAAAAAUCACAGAAAACUCAUUCCAUUUGUAAUACCAACUAUAAGUAUAUGUACUGGACUCCAAUACAACAAAUAGCUCAUCAUACCAUUAAUGGUUGUAAUUUACAACCAGGGGAUUUAUUGUCAUCUGGAACUAUUAGUGGUCCAGAAGAGGAACAGCGUGCUUGUUUGAUAGAAAGAACUCGAGGAGGGAAAAUAUUUAUAGACCUAGGUGAAAGAAAGUUGAAAUAUUUUGAGGAUGGUGAUGAAGUAAUAAUAUCAGGAUUUUGUCAAGGAAAUGGAUAUAAAAUUGGUUUUGGCAACUGUAGCAGCCAAAUUCUUCCUGCAAAAAAUUUGGCAUAAAAUUUAAAAUAAUAUACUACUUUUAUUUUAUUGUUUUUAUUGAUUCUAUGUUUGAAAAAUGUUGUAAUAGGU